AAGUAUCUAGAUGAGUUGCUUUGCUCAUAUCCGGUCAAGUCUGAUGGUUAUACUUAUUGUAUUUGUAUGUAGACCCGUCCACCACCAACAUCCUAUUUCUUUCUGUGUGUUCUGAUCCCUUCUUCUAUUCCUUGCUGCUAAUAAUAAUAAAAGUCAAUCAAUAAAAGUAUGAAGAAUGAUAAUAAGCAGCAUGAUCAACACGAGCAAGAACGUCGUUCCCCUGCAGCAGCAGUAGCAGCAUAUGUGAGGUUGUUUUUGAGUGCACAACAACUCCAUCUAUUCAACUUGUUUUCCCAUCUUCUUCUCUUGGCCUUUGGAUUCAUCAUAGGGAUCACACUCGCUUUCUCUCUCAACCGGCAGCACCUCCUUCUCCCUUCUAAUAACAAUAAUCCUGUUUCUGUCAAUAACAAUAGUCAAAGCGGGAUCAAGAGAGAUGGGUUGGGGAGUUUCUUGAUGGCAGGAAAGGAGGCAAUAAUGCAUGACAUGAGCGACGAUGAGUUGUUGUGGAGAGCUUCCAUGGUUCCCAAGAUUCGGGAAGUGCCACUCAGAAUCAAGCCAAAGGUAGCGUUCAUGUUCUUGACGAGAGGACCUCUGUAUUUGGGUCCACUGUGGGAGAGAUUCUUCAAAGGAAACGAAGGCUUCUAUUCAAUCUACAUCCACUCCCAUCCUUCUUUCAAUGCUUCUUCAGUCCCCAAAACCUCCGUUUUUUAUGGCCGCAGAAUUCCAAGCAAGGGGGUAAGGUGGGGUGACUUCAACAUGGUAGAUGCAGAGAGGCGUCUACUAGCAAAUGCACUGCUGGACAUGUCGAACCAACGCUUCGUUCUUGUAUCGGAGUCGUGCAUCCCUCUCUUCAACUUCUCCACCGUUUAUGGGUAUCUCAUGAACUCAUCCAAGACAUUUGUGGAAGCCUACGAUCUUGCGGGGCCCGUGGGGAGGGGCAGGUACUCCCAAAGGAUGAGGCCACUGAUCAAGCCGUCCCAGUGGAGAAAGGGGUCCCAGUGGUUCCAGAUAGACCGUGCCCUGGCACUGGAAGUGGUCUCGGACCGCCAGUACUACCCGGUGUUCAAGAAGCACUGCAGGUACGGCGGCUGCAUUGCCGACGAGCACUAUUUGCCCACUCUUGUUAGCAUCAAGUUCUGGAGGAGGAAUGCCAACAGGACUUUGACUUGGGUUGAUUGGUCAAAGGGCGGGUCCCAUCCAUCCAGGUACAUGAGAAGCGAUGUCACUGUUUCGUUCUUGAAGAGACUAAGGCAUGGAACCAGAUGCCGCUACAAUGGCAAGACCACCAAUGUUUGCCACUUGUUUGCAAGGAAGUUCAUGCCUCACUCUCUCGAUAGAUUGCUAAGGUUUGCUCCCCGCUUAAUGCACUUCCAUUCUUCUUGAUCCAUUUUUAUUUGUAAUUCAUUAUCAUUGUAACAUGUUAUUACGGAGAAAGCGCCUCAUAGUUUCACUUCUGUUUCCUUUCAUAUAUAUAUAAAUAUAACGAGUUAAGAACCAUCGCUAUCA